AUGAGUUCCAGGCUCCAAGAAGGACUGCACCAAACCAAACUUACGGUCCACAUAAAGCGUCUGCUCCCAGAACUGGCCAGUUACCAUCUCAAACUACUUGGUACAGGCCCAGCAGUUUGGGGGCACCUGAAAAGAAUGGACCAGAACAACAGCAUCACGCCCUUUCAGGGACUGGCAUCCCCGAAUGCUAUGACCCCAGUUAUGCCGAUGUUCAGUCCGAUGAUGCCUUAUGGUUCAGGGUUGACUCCACAGCCUGUACAAAACACAAACAGCUUGUCCAUUCUGGAGGAGCAACAGCGGCAGCAGCAGCAGCAGCAGCAACAGGCACAACAGGCUAAUGCAGGGUUGCCCGGAACAUCAAGUAUAACUCCCCAGCUAUUCCAUUCCCAAGCUGUCACAGGAACAACCACCACAGCACUCCCAGGAAACACUCCCCUCUACAACACCCCACUGACACCCAUGACCCCAAUCACCCCAGCCACUCCAGCUUCAGAGAGCUCUGGAAUACUGCCACAGCUACAAAAUAUUGUAUCUACUGUCAAUUUGGGUUGUAAACUGGAUUUGAAGACUAUAGCCCUUCGAGCCAGGAAUGCAGAAUACAACCCCAAACGUUUUGCUGCUGUCAUUAUGAGAAUAAGAGAACCAAGGACCACUGCUCUUAUUUUUAGCUCUGGGAAGAUGGUCUGUACUGGUGCAAAAAGUGAAGAGCAGUCUAGAUUAGCUGCUCGUAAAUACGCUCGUGUUGUUCAGAAACUGGGAUUCCCUGCGAAAUUUCUUGAUUUUAAAAUACAAAACAUGGUUGGUAGCUGUGAUGUUAGAUUUCCCAUUCGACUUGAAGGACUGGUUCUUACUCACCAACAGUUUAGCAGUUAUGAACCUGAGCUCUUCCCUGGACUAAUUUAUAGAAUGAUCAAACCCAGAAUUGUCCUCCUGAUUUUUGUUUCUGGGAAAGUCGUCCUGACUGGUGCAAAAGUGAGAGCAGAAAUAUAUGAAGCGUUUGAGAAUAUUUAUCCAAUUCUCAAAGGCUUCCGGAAGACGACAUAG